ACAGUCGACGUCUUUCUCGUUUCAAACUUGGUAACUGUGCGUUAAAAUUCGACGUUUGGAUCUUCAAUAUCGCGGAUAAAUCCAAAUCGAGUCAUCGUCAAGCGGAAUUAAGAUAGUGCAACUUUUUAUAGUCUAUUAACUAUUAAAAGUCUGAAUCGGCUAGAUGAUUUCGAUUUGAAAAAACCCACAAUCAGCUAAGCAACGACUGAAACUCUCUGAAGAAACGAGAAGAAAAAAGGAACAGAGAGCGAUCGCUGGAAGAAGGGCAGCUAAAAACAGCAAAUUGAAUUAACCAAUCUUAAAAAGGGUCAAGGUACAUUUAUAGCACAAAUAUUACUUAAAGACGAUGGUAUCAGAAGGACAGCAAAAGAAAUAUGAUGAAUAUAAGAGUAUGCUGGAUGUGGAUACGCUGGAAACGGCUAGAUUGGAGCUUCGUGAGGAUGACAACACGAGAGACCAAGCGCUGGAGCAAUUUCGUCAUUGGAUCGAGAAACAUCCUGCGAUUAAAAAAUGCAGAACUGAUUCGUUGUUCCUACUAAGAUUUCUUAGGACGAAAAAAUUCAGUUUGCCAAUGGCACAAGAGAUGUUGGAACGGUAUCUCACUAUCAGGCAACUUUAUCCCAAUUGGUUCCAAAAUCUCGACGUUGAUGACCCGGAACUUAUGGCCAUCAUCGAUAACGGCUAUUUAGUACCAAUGUUAAAGCGAGAUCAGCACGGCCGAAAAGUAAUAAUGUCAUGUGCAGAGCGUUUCGACCCUAGUAAAUUCUCAUCUACACACUUGAUCCGGGUCCAUAGUAUGGUGGUGGAGACCUUGAUGAACGAUGAGAAAAGUCAAGUCCACGGCUACACAUAUCUCAGUGACGCGACGGGAUUGUCCAUGAGCCAUUUCAGCACGUUGUCUUUCAUGGACAUUCGUAAUAUAUUGAGGUGCAUACAGAACAGUACACCGAUGCGUCACAAGGAGACGCAUUUAAUCAAUGUACCCAACAGCAUAGCGAAGAUCAUCGAAUUCGGCAUGUCUAUACUAAACGACAAGCUUAAGUCUCGCGUCAUGAUACAUAGGAACGUACAAGACCUAAAAGAAGCAGUGGAUCCAAAGAUACUGCCGAAGGAAUAUGGCGGAGAAAUCUCGCUUUCGGAAAUGAUCGACGAAUUAAAGAAGAAGCUAAAACAGAAAAAAGAUGAACUCAAGGCCCUCGACGAUAUGUAUAUUGAAAUAUCGCCGAAAUAUUACCAAGAGGUUAACGAAGAAUUAAGCGGAAUAUGCGGUUCGUUUCGAAAAUUAGAGGUCGAUUAAGAGCAAUCUAUUUCUUUUCGAUUUUACAACUUUACAUUGUCAGCACCUCAUUUAAAUAGUUAUUUUCAUAUUAUAUGUGAUUACACGUCGUAUUAAUGAACAAGUGUUUUACCAAAAAGAACCGUAGAAAUAUAUUAUUGACACAGAGAUGUGAGCACGUUAAACGUAUGUACAAUUGAUUUAUACAUCAAUAAUUAUUAGCUGGUUUUAACUACAUUAUAGUUAUUCUUAGAUAUGUUUCUCUCUGAAUCGCUUUAUGAUAUAAACAACAAAAAAUAAAAUUAGGUAAUGUUAAGUAACAUCCUGGUACAAUCUGUAUAUGAAAUGUACGAAAAUUUACUUUGAUAUAAUAAUACCUCGAAAUGUUGUGUGUGUAUAGUACUCGUUUAUAGCUCAUAUGUACAUAAGUUUUCCUUGUAACAGUUAAGAUUUCGUAAACAUAUAAGAAUUAAUGCUCGUUCCGCUGGUGGUACCAAGUUACCUAUCAUCUUUAAGUCAUUAUCUUGAUUACUUUAAGAUUGUAAAUUGUGGUUUGACAUGCUCUUAAGCUCACCGUCAGCUUUCAGGAU